CUGUCAUUUGGUUGACAGUACCUUGCCUAGCAAGGCCGGAGCAGAAUUCAGCAAUGCACGGAGCUGAUGAACAUCCGCAUUUCGAGGGGGAGGCAGAAAAGGAAGUAGAAGAAGGCCACGGCUGUCCCGUGGAAGGGCCAGUGACCUGCUCGUUCUUCAAGAACCUUUGCGACGCCUUCGGCUGGAAGUUGCUGUUGCUGGUGGGUCUCGCCGAGAUCACGCUGAAGGGCUUUUUGGCAGGUGGUGGUACUGGAGGCCUUGUGGGGACCCCGAUCGAAUUCUUGCUGAAGGAGUAUGAAGUGAAGGCUGCGGACCUUCAGGUCUACAAAUCUGCUGUGUCGAUCCCCUGGGCCAUCAAGCCACUCUUCGGCUUGAUCGCUGACAGUAUGCCCAUUUUGGGCUUCAAUCGAACGUCCUACUUUGCCUUGAAUAGCAUCUGUGGAGUGUCAGCCCUCUUCUUGAUUGGUUUCUUUCCGUCGCUAUCACUCCCUAUCCUUCUCCUUAUGCUCUUCUUGGUUUUCAUGGACAUCGCCUGGAGUGACUUGUUGACUGAAGCGGUCUACUCCACCCACCUGCGCGAGAAGCCGGACCAGGGGCCCAGAAUUCUGAUGGAGAAAGUGGGCAACCGCGCUCCAUACCUCAUCGCUGCACUUGCUGCAGCAUUUACCUUGUUGAUCACCUUCCUGAAUCUACCUGAAGAGUCCGGGGGCCCAGGUGAGUCAGGUGACGUGAACGGAUGUUUUUUCGGGGGAUUCCUCAAUCCUGGCCACCAACCAGUAGAAUGCUACGAGAUAGGGUGUAUUUUUCAUGGCUCGUUCUUUUUUUGUGAUGAGUCGAUGGGGCAGAUGAAGGUGGCAUGGAGUGGAAGUGGGUUUAUCAUCAUAUGCCUUGUUAAAUGUUGCCGUUUUCGGGUAAUUAUUCAGACACACCCACAUCUCAUGUUGCUGUUUCCGCCUAUUUGCUACAUACAUAUAUAUAUAUAUAUACGCAUAUAUAUAUAUGCACCAGUUUUAGUUCUAUCCAACAAAAUGUUGCGUAACAUGAUUGGUUAUUUCCCAAAAUGA